GUUUAAUGUCUACCUAAAAAAAAAAAACUUUAUCACUUACAGGUUAUAGCAUCGAAUGAUAGAACACACCACUUGUAUAGUAUAGUGUUCCGGGUGUGGAACCUUUGAAGCUUCUUCAUCAGUUUCAGAAUUACAAGCUCCUAUCUUCCUUCCUAAAAUAAUGGCUUCACUUUCUCUCAACAUGGUUUCAGUUCCACCAAGAACAACAACAAUCUCAUGCACAAGAACAAGGGUGCCUUCACUUCCUUUCUCAUUUACUAGGAGGAGAUUAACUAUUAGAGCAACAGAAACCGAUACAAAUAAUGUUAAGUCUCAGGCACCGGAUAAGGCUCCUUCGAAAGACGGUUCAAGCAUCAAUCAGCUUCUUGGUAUUAAAGGAGCUGCUCAAGAAUCAAAUAAAUGGAAGAUUCGCCUUCAACUUACAAAACCUGUCACUUGGCCUCCGUUGGUUUGGGGUGUAGUUUGUGGCGCCGCUGCUUCUGGAAAUUUCCAUUGGACUAUUGAGGAUGUUGCUAAAUCAAUUGUGUGCAUGUUGAUGUCUGGCCCGUUUCUAACAGGAUAUACUCAGACUAUAAAUGAUUGGUAUGACCGAGAGAUCGAUGCAAUAAAUGAACCUUAUCGACCAAUUCCGUCUGGGGCUAUAUCCGAGAACGAGGUUAUCACUCAAAUAUGGGUGCUGCUACUAGGAGGUCUUGGCUUGGCAGGCCUAUUAGACGUAUGGGCAGGACAUGACUUCCCCAUAGUUUUUUACCUUGCUGUGGGUGGAUCACUUCUGUCAUACAUAUAUUCUGCUCCUCCCUUGAAGUUAAAACAAAAUGGAUGGAUCGGAAACUUUGCCCUCGGAGCAAGUUACAUCAGCUUACCAUGGUGGGCUGGUCAGGCUUUGUUUGGGACACUCACACCCGACAUUAUUGUCCUGACGUUGCUAUACAGCAUUGCUGGAUUGGGCAUUGCCAUUGUCAACGACUUCAAGAGUAUUGAAGGGGAUAGAGCUCUUGGGCUUCAGUCUCUUCCGGUUGCUUUCGGUACUGAAACUGCAAAAUGGAUUUGUGUUGGUCCUAUUGACAUUACACAAUUAUCUGUUGCUGGUAUAUUUUUUAUCCCUCCAAUACUUAGAUAUUUGAUCUGCAUUCGAAGGUUCUUUUUCAUUUUAAUGUACAUUGUACUCUAUCUGGAAAUUAUUCAUCAUACUAAACCAUUAUUGUGUAUCUUUAUUAUUUGUGAGUUGUAACCUUGAUGACAGUUA